UGGAGUUUUGGAGGUAGUCGUUCAAGUGAAAAUAGGAACCUUGCAAAAGAUUCUAGGAUUUAUUCCCAAUUUUGGCAAAGAGUCGUUCAUUUGUUACAGCUCUUUUCCUCCAUCCAUCUCUCCCUCUCCCUCCCUCCUUUUGAGCUGUUUUCACUCCUUUUAUUCUCUCCGUACUUCUUCUUCUUCUUCUUCUUCUUCUUCUUCUUCUUCCUCGUCAUUUUCUUGGUCUCUCCGUCCGUCGCUUUUCCGCCUGUCCCUCGAAAUUCGUCGACUUCUCGGGUUCUGCUACGGACUUGCGAGGUUUCGGCCAUUUGGGUUUCCUUCUACGCCAUGGAAUCAGUCAUAUGUAACAUAAUUCAGGAAGAGAUUAUCAGCGAUCCCUAUGGAGAAAUAGAGAUAAGCUUUGCCUAUCAGUGUAGUAAUAGUUCCCAGACAGGGACCGGUCAGAAUGAAUGCGACGGCCCCGGGUUUAGGCUCCAAAAGACGAGCAGUUUCUCGUGUUUAUCUGGAGCUGCGUUGAGCGCAAAUGCCACCUUGGCCAACACAAACAUAUGCAAUGGCUUGAUCGGCACGUCGAUACUUCCUUCUCUGGACUCGCCCAAAUCCUUCCGGAAAGUUCCCUCUUCGCCCGCACUUUCAAAGCUGGACAUGUUCUCUCCUUCUAUCCAUGGCGGCGGCAUGCCGGGCUUUACUAGCUCCAGCCCUCCUGAAACUGGAUCUUACUUGUUGAGGUCGAUGAGCGCUCCUUCAAGAAACGAAGGAUUUCCUAGCAGAACGGAAGUACAAGUGGCGGGUGGGGCUGCAGGUGAAGACAGGGUUCAGGCCGUGUGCUCUGAAGAAAACGGCUGGCUCUUCUGCGCUAUUUACGAUGGAUUUAACGGAAGAGACGCUGCCGAUUUCUUGGCUUGUACUUUGUACGAGUCUAUCACGUUCUAUGUCCAUUUGCUAGACCGCCAGUUGAAGCAGAAGCUCUCGAAUACACAACAAGACAAUGACGAAAAUUCGGAUUUCUACUCGAUAAACAACGCCGGUUCCUCGGGGCUCCAUGGGUUGUUAUCGAAUAGUACAACUAAUACUACAACGGACGAAAUGGAUUCUUCUUCCAUGGAUAUGUUCAGACAAGGAGUACUUGAUUGUCUUAAUCGAGCUCUUGUUCAGGCUGAGGACGAUUUUCUCCGCAUGAUCGAGCAAGAAAUGGAGGAAAGACCUGACUUGGUUUCCAUUGGAUCUUGCGUAUUGAUCGCUCUCCUCAUCGGGGAGGAUUUGUACACGCUUAACCUCGGCGAUAGCCGGGCUGUUCUUGCAACCGAAGGGAAGGACGAGAGGCUGAAAGCUGUUCAGCUCACCGAAGAUCACACCGUCGAGAAUGAAACCGAGAAGGCUAGGAUUUUACGUGAACACCUCGACGAUCCCAAAACGAUUGUUGCCGGGAAAGUGAAAGGAAAGCUGGUAGUCACCCGGGCCCUCGGAGUUGGUUACUUGAAGAAGGAGAAAAUGAAUGAUGCCCUGAUGGGAAUUCUCCGAGUCUGUAACCUCGUGAGUCCGCCUUACGUAUCCGUGGAACCGUCGAUGAGAGUUCACCGAAUAUCUAAGUCAGACCACUUUGUCAUAGUUGCAAGCGACGGCCUGUUCGAUUUUUUCAGCAACGACGAGGCAGUGAGGCUCGUCUCGUCCUACAUCUCGACCCACCCGUCCGGCGACCCGGCAAAGAACCUUCUAGAACACCUCGUCGCCAAGGCAGCUGCUCGUGCCGGUUUCACCAUGGAAGAACUGAUGAAUGUUCCUGCGGGUUGUCGGAGGAGAUACCAUGACGACGUGACGGUGAUGGUCAUCACCCUCGGCUCCGACCAACGCACCUCCAAAGCUUCCACCUUCAUUUGACGAUGUCUUCUUUUUGUUUUCUCGCUUCUUCCACUCUCUGUAAGUUCUGCAAUGGCAACUGUAAAUAUCUCCCUCUUCAUCA